GUAUAAAUCUACAUGAUAAGCAACUGAAAACAAGACCUUGGCCAACAAGCCGCUCAGUCGUUCGCUGUGUCCACAAAGAUGAAGUGCUUCAUAAGAUAUGAAAAAUACUGCGAUUUUCCUAUUGAAAAUCUUCCAUAUGGGGUCUUUUCCACCAAAGAUGAUCCUACACAUAGGAUAGGUGUAGCGAUUGGAGAUCAAAUCCUAGACUUGAAACAAAUAUCUCAUUUGUUUGUGGGGCCAGAAUUGAAAAAGAAUCAGGAUGUGUUCAGAGAGAAAACUCUAAAUAAAUUUAUGGGACUGACGAAAAAAGCAUGGAAAGAGGCUCGGGAUACGAUACAAAACCUACUUUCAAUUGACAAUCAAACCUUACAGAGUCCUGACAUGAGAAAAAAAGCCUUUGUGUCACAAUAUGAUGCGACAAUGCAUCUUCCUGCUGAAAUCGGGGAUUAUACUGACUUUUUUUCAUCGAUCCAUCAUGCAACAAACACGGGUAUUAUGUUCAGAGGGAAAGAAAAUCCUCUGCUUCCCAAUUGGAAAUACUUGCCGGUGGCUUAUCACGGGAGGGCAAGCUCAGUCGUCGUCUCUGGAACUCCAGUCAGGCGCCCCAACGGUCAAACACUUGCAGUUGAAGGCGCACCUCCCGUUUUUGGUAAAUGCAAACUCAUGGACUUCGAGUUAGAAAUGGCAUUUUUCGUGGGUGGGCCUUCAAACGAAUUGGGAAAACCUAUUCCAAUUGAAAAAACUGAAGAACAUAUUUUUGGAUUUGUGGUAAUGAAUGAUUGGAGCGCUAGGGACAUUCAAAAGUGGGAAUACGUGCCAUUGGGACCUUUCACUGCCAAAAACUUAGGGACAACUAUUUCGCCAUGGAUCGUCACCACUUUUGCUCUUGAACCGUUCAAGGUAGAAAACUAUCCACAAAAUCCAGAGCCUUUCCCUUACUUAAAACAUGACGAUAAAUUUAAUUUUGAUAUUGGACUACAAGUGGACAUUACACCAAAAGGACUAAACGUGUCGACCACUGUUUGCCGUUCAAACUACAAAUAUUUGUACUGGACAGCAAAACAACAACUGGCCCAUCACACAAUUACUGGGUGCAACGUCAAACCUGGUGAUUUGAUGGCAAGUGGAACAAUCAGUGGCGAGACUUCGGAUUCCUUCGGUUCUCUUCUUGAGCUGUCUUGGAAAGGCACUAAACCCAUUUCACUGCUCGACGGUAGCCAAAGGAAAUUCCUCCAAGACGGUGACACAGUCACAAUUAAAGGAAUGUGUGAAGGAGAUGGCUACAACAUAGGUUUCGGCGACUGCGUCGGCACUUUACUGUCAGCUAUCGACAUGUAAAAAUAUUUCAAUAAAAAAUUUUCGAAUU